CAAUUUUUUGUCAUAAAAAACAAAAAAGAAAAAAAAUAGAAACACCUCGUCGGCGUUUAGAAAGGCGGUUGGGGUUCGGCGGCGGCGGCGGAGGCCGGUGAGUAUCCGCGGCCGCGCGAACCAGUCGCCUGAGCUCCCAGAAGCAUCCGGCGCUGCGGCUCCUCCGUGAUUUGUGUAUUUUUCCCCUUGAAUCCCGCGCCGUCGCGGCCGCCGUGUGCUCUUGCCGCCGGCGAGAAGGGGGGAAAACGCCCGCGGAGAUGUCGGUCCUCAUCGUGACCAGCGUGGGGGACAUCGAGGUGGACCUCCACACCGACAUGUGCCCCCUCACCACCAAGAACUUCCUCAAGCUCUGCAAGAUGAAGUAUUACAAUGGGUGCCUGUUCCACAAGGUGGAGAAGGAUUUCUUGGCACAAACUGGGGACCCAACUGGAACAGGAGCUGGAGGCGAUUCUGUAUACAAGUUCCUUUAUGGUGAUCAAGCUCGAUUUUUUGAUGAUGAGAUCCGACCAGACCUUAGGCAUUCAAAAAAGGGAACUAUUGCUAUGGCGAGUGCUGGUGAAAAUUGCAAUGCCUCGCAGUUCUAUAUCACCUUGCGGGAUGACGUAGACUACCUUGAUGAUAAACACACAGUGUUCGGCAUGGUUGCUGAAGGCUUUGACACGCUGACAAAGAUUAGUGAAACAUAUGUUGAUGAUAAAGGGAGACCAUUUAAGGACAUCAGGAUUAAACAUACGUAUGUCUUGGAUGAUCCUUUUGACGAUCCUCCUCAGCUCAGUGAACUUAUUCCUGAGAAUUCUCCUGUAGGGAAACCACAGGAUGAGAUUGCAGAAGAGCGCUUAGAGGAUAGCUGGGUCCCUAUGGAUGAAAUGGUGGCUCCUGAAGAACUUGAGGAGAUGAUCCGCUCCAAAGAAGCACAUACAAAUGCUGUGAUUCUUGAGAGCGUGGGAGAUAUUCCAGAUGCUGAGAUCAAACCACCAGACAACGUUUUAUUUGUUUGUAAACUCAACCCAGUAACACAAGAUGAAGAUUUAUAUACAAUUUUUUCUCGUUUUGGAACUGUGACAUCAGCUGAAAUAAUCCGUGAUUACAAGACUGGUGAUAGCUUAUGCUAUGCUUUUAUUGAAUUUGAGACAAAGGAGGCUUGUGAGCGGGCAUUCUUCAAGAUGGACAAUUGUUUGAUUGAUGAUCGAAGAAUACAUGUUGACUUUAGUCAAAGUGUUUCAAAACUGUGGGGUCAGUUCAGACAAAGCAAAAGAAAUGCAAAUAAAGAUGGAUGCUUCAAGUGUGGCGCCCCUGAUCACAUAGCCAAAGACUGUGACCAGGGCACUGAGCAGAAAAACAAAGGCCCAAGUUAUGUCCUGAAAGAUGAAAACACUCAGCGUGGUGGAAAUAACCGUCGAAGCUAUGAUCUUGUCUUUGAUGAAGAUGGUGAAAAUUAUACUGAUCAGCAAGAUCCUGGAAGUACUGGCCGAAGAAAGAUUCAAAGAACAGAUGAUCGCAAAUCAGGGCUGCCACCUCGGGGUGACCAUGACAGGAUUAGCCGGGAGAGAACUCACAGUGAUGAGAAUGGUAGAGAAGGUGGUAAAGAAGGUGAUAGGGACCGAGGGAUUCGUAAGCACGAGGACUACCACCGUUACAAUAAAUCUGGUGAACGGAGCUCUAGUAGAUACGAUGAUCGUGGCUACAGCAAGCACGAGAGCAGGGGCAAAUAUAGGGAUGGCAAUGAUGAUUACAGACGACAACCGGGAGGUGGCAGUCGAUAUGGCAGGGAUAAGUAUGAAGGUGAACGGCGCUACAGAGAAGAUGAUGGCCAUGGAAGGAGUGACCGUCACAAGAGAGAUGAAAGUGAUAACAGGAAAAGAAGCCCAGAUACUGGUAAGCAUAGAAGAGAAGACGGUGGUCACCGUGAGACAAGCAAGCACAGGGAAAGGAGGCAGAGAGAUGAUAGAUAGGUCACUGCAUCACCGUCAGUUUUGUCUUGCCUGUUUCUCAUCAUACAUUGAAUUUUGUCAUUCUUAAUCCAAAGAUAGCACCAGAACACUAAACAUGUAGCUUAGAAUCUGCGUGUAGACAUUAUGAGAGCUCCACUGGCUACAGAUUGUUGUAACUUGUAGACCUUUUCUUUUCUAUACAUGCUCAUGGACGUUGUUCUUUUUGGGGGACGAUCACCA